GACCGAGCUACAUCAGCUGGAACUGAAAGUUCGUUGCAGACGUGAUGUUUGUCACAUUAAGAAGAAGUUGAAGUGCGCAAAGAUUUUUUAUGUCUAUUGACAGUGCAAUAGCAGCAAAAACAAACUACUUUUAGAACUAACCAGUUACGUUAUAUAUUAUCUUCCGUUUCAACCUUAUAUGAUGGUCAUAAACAUGUGUUGUGUAUGCAAUAAGAUUAAAUAUGAUUCAGCAUUUUUAUAAACACAUGCAUUGCGUAUAACAAGUAGUCUCAGAAAUACUAUGCCAGUCAUCGGUUUUAUCUCGUGUAGGUAACAAAGUGGUGCUUCUUCAAAGAAAGUUAACCAUAUGUUUUUUGGUGGUUAAGUGUACUGUGGUACAAAUUAAAACACUUUCAACAGGUAUAUCACACAUCUUAUUAAUUACAGUUUCCUUGAAUUGUUCGGUGUUGCUGUACUCCGUUAUGUGGAAAGCUGUUCUGAGUCUUGAAAUUUCAAGUGACAAAGAAAUCAACUAAUUUUUUUUGGACGCACAGUAAAAAUGGCAUCAGAUAGGAUGAAGAUUAUUUUUCACCAUAUUCAUGGCAGGAACGCCAUAUUUGCUCCUGUAUCCUUCAAGAAAAUAAGACUUAUUGAAACUGGAGCACUAGCAGAACACUUGCCUACAGAACAUUUUAGGUACACCACAAACAACCCACUCCUCAGCUCUAGCCAGAGGAAGUUCUAUGAAGAAAAUGGUUACAUUGUGAUACCACGUCUAGUUGAGGAAAAACUAAUAGAAGAAUUAUGUAAGAGGUUUGUAGAUGUCUGUGAAGGUCGUGUACCACGAGGAAACAUGACCCUGAUGAAGGAUAUUUCACUGAAAGACACAAAUGCAACAGGUGAAUAUUUAUAUUACAAGCUGCAAGAUAUUGUUUGGGAAGAAGUUCUGUCCAAGUAUAUUCUACACCCAAAGGUUCUGGAUUAUGUGGAGUGUUUCACAGGUCCCAACAUCAAAGCAAUGCAUUCUAUGCUUAUCAACAAGCCUCCAUAUUCUGGAAUACACCCACUGCAUCAGGAUCUACACUACUUUCCAUUCAGACCUGCUGAUCGCAUCGUGGCUGCAUGGACUGCAAUGGAGAGUGUGAAUGAAAAUAAUGGUUGUUUAGUUGUUAUUCCUGGAACCCAUAAGGGAGAACUUCAGUCACAUGACUAUCCAAAGUGGAAUCAUACCAUUAACAAGGCUUUCCAUCGGGUCGAAGGAUUUGAAAAUCAGCCUUUGGUAUCACUUGAAAUGGAAAAGGGAGAUACUGUAUUCUUCCAUCCCAUUCUUGUACAUGGCUCUGGCAUCAACAAGACAAAAGGUUUCCGCAAAGCCAUCUCUUGCCAUUAUGCAGCUUCAGAAUGCUACUAUAUUGAUGUGGAAGGGACAACACAGCAGAAUAUUGCCAAAGAGGUUGAGGAUAUGGCAUCUCGCAGGGGACUUCCUUUUGACUUCCAGUCCGUAUGGAAGUACAGGAGCCGACUGGCAAGAGGAAAGGAACUGUCACUGUAACAUUUCCAGGAAUCAAUGUCAUUGGUUAACAGCAGUAUAAAGGAUCCAGUGUUUUAACUAAGACCAUUACCAUUGACAAUGAGUAAGACAGCAUAGCGGUUGUGCAAAAGGGAAACCAUCAUGGUAAUAAUGGAAGCAUUGAUAAGAAGGGUCACUGCAUCUGACACCAUUCCUGUUGUAGUAAUACACAUGCCACCUUAAUCCAUAUUAAUGAUAGCAAACUGUCCAAAUUGACUGUGCAUUCAACCGUCUGAAAGUCUUACAGUAUGAUGAUAAUCUUUGGGGGGGGUUUGGUAACAGUACCAUUUUGCUACAUACCUAAUACUAAUUACUACAGGGUCCACAGAAAAAGAGAACUUAGUCUGGAUAUUCCAUUAACCUAUGUCAGUGCCAUGUUUCCUCUUCCACCACUAGUAGGAACUGACUCCAACUGAAUGAACCAUGGUUAAUCUCUUCAGUUACGGACAGUAAUUGCAAACAUGAUUUCAUAAAAAACAUGCCAGGAAUCACAAACUUUUCAGUGAUAAAAGAUUUGAGUCAUUUCUUGUAAAAUUAGAACUUCUGAUUACAUGAAUAUGAAUAUAAAGUACCCACUUUCAACAAGUGCCAGUCAUAUUUGAAUUUUUAAUAUAGCAUGAGAAAACAGUUUUUGUGUCUAAUUUCUGAACUGACUGACAGACUUAUUGCAUAUGUUAAUGUUACCCUUUAGUUAUGCCAUUAGUAUUUCAGAAAAAUACAUCUUGUAUUCAUCUUUUGAAUACUCUAUUUUAGAAAUAUAUUACUUCUGUAUUAUAUGCAUAAUAUAAAUGAGAAUAAUGUAGCAUUUUACUAUAGAAACUCUUAAGCAAUGUAGAAAAGAAAAUUAGUAUCUGUGCAUAAUACAUGAAGUUAACUUUAAAAUAAUCAUCAGAAAUUUUGUGAAAGAAAUUUAGUUAGAGAAGGAAAGCAAAGCCCCACAUUCAUUAAUAAAUUUUGUUCCUUAUGUCUGCAUCAGACCAAUUUCUUCGAGUUGCCCAUUGUAAUAACAACCCUCAAAAGUUUUAACAUUAAUUGAGAACCUUCCCAGGGAUGCACUUUGUCCAAAAAAAGAGACAGGCUGACCUCAGAGGCUGCCUUAACUAGGUUUAUGAUUAUUAAAAAAUGACUACAUUCAUGUCAAAUUUAAAGAAAAAGACAUGGAAAGUGGUCAUCUUAUUUGCUAGGUUUUGCCUUUCAAUGACACAUCUGAAUUAAAAAUGUAACACACUAUGAAAAAUAAUGGGAACCACAUGAUUUCUGUAUACAGUAUGUAACUACCUUCAAAAAUGCAUUUCAGCUAAUUCAGUUUUGUGAAAAGGCGACACUGGUUCUGCAAAUGCUUAUCAGAUAACAAACAGUAGGAUGCAAAGAAUAUGAAAGUAGUAACUUGGUACAGGAACAAAAACAGUGGCCAGGUCUCACACACUACAUGGAUCCUCAAAUCUCAGUCUGGAGGUUGUUUCCCUCAUUCUCUGCAGGAAAAUUCAGACAGUGCCUUGGAGGCCAGCCUUACAAAUUCAUUUUUCAUAUUCAUCAUGUCAUCUGGCAUUGUAUGUCCAGCAUGUACAUAUAGGUAUACACAUUUUAAUUUUCAUCCUGUUUUGUGGUUAGUGCUAAAACAUAAAUUUUAAUUAUACUUAUGUUUAAUUUGUCAA